CUAAAACAAGACUAAGAAUAUCUUUACUUGUGUUCUUUAUUAAAGAAAAGUUUAAUUCCUCUCUUUUUGAAUUCAAAAUAAUCACAUUUACAUCUCCAUUAUAUACAUAACCACUCCUCAUAAGCAAUCCUGUUACUUGUUUCAUCAGUUUUGGCCCUAAGCUCUCUUUAUCUGCACUCAAAGAACAAAAUCUUCUCUUUCUAAACCCCCUCUGUUGCCUCCAAUUUUCUCUCUAUCCAACCAGACAAAAUGUCCUCUCAACCACAACAACAAGGACAGCAGCCUCUUCUUGUUUAUCCUAACACAGUAACCAGGCCACCCCCAUCAUCAUUGUUAUCGUCUUCAUCGUCCCACUCUAAUGGAUCUUUUGGGACAGUCUUUAUAGUCCUAGCUGUUAUAGUUGUUAUAUCAGCCAUAGCUUGCUUUCUUGGCAGGCUCUGCAACAGGCGCUCCCACAAGAACCAGCACAAACAACAACAACAACAACAAAAGAAGCCUCCUAAACAGACCCAAAAUUUCCCUCACAAAGAAUGGGAACCCAGACAGAACAGGGAUCUGGAAUUUGGAUUGGAGAAGAAGAUUAAUCCAGUUCCCAGACAAGCUGCAGGCGGAAAGAAUAACAGAGACCUCGAGUUUGGAUUCGAUCAUAAGAGAAUCCCGUCUGGAAAGCCUGGAGUACGCAUUAAUGGAGAUCCCAGAGGAUUCAAAGUGCAGGAGAAUGGAGAAAUUAGAGGCGAGUUCAGACAUGGUGAUGAUGGGGAGUUCAAGGGCCCUGCAUGAUAGUUAUUUCCUUCUUCUGCUGGAUGGAAUUUCUAAUACUUAUUAUCAGAAUCGUUUUAGUUAUUUUUUCUUUCUUUUGUACUUUUUAGUUUCUUAUUUAUCUCAUCUUUAACUUGCAGCUUGAACAAGUAUGUAAUUAAUUAGAAAUGUCAAUUACGAUGUCUAUCAUGAAUAUGAUACAGUAAAGAUUCAACUGGAAUGCA